AUGUUGUGGCAAACGGUGGUCUACCUGCUCGCUCUGACGUUCGCCCUGGUCAGUAGCACUCCGAUCCUCUCCAGCAACGACCAGGAAUUGUUACGGAAGCCCCGGCACAUUGGCGGAUUUGGCGGCGGCGGUGGAAUCAUUGGAGGAGGGAUCAUUGGUGGUGGAGCUGUGGCUGCUCCUCCCCUGGUGGCAGCUCCUGCGAUCCAAACAGUGCCCAUCGUAUCCACAGUCCCCGUGAUCACAACUGUACCUGUGGUAUCUGCCGUGCAAACGAUACCAUCCUAUGGCUACGGAUAUCCCCAGGCUGGAGGACUAGGUGGACUCGGUGGACUAGGAGGACUCGGCGGCAUCGGAGGAGGUGGCGUUGGCGGUGGCUUUGUGGGAGGAGCAGUGGGAUUUGCGAAAUUCAAAGGCGGCUUCUUUGGCUAAAAACUGAAGCCCCAAAUGACCCAGUCCAGACUUUAGGAAUAGAGUAAACAAUGAAUAAACAAACUGCUGCGAGAUCGAGUUUCGUUAUGCCGAGUGUUUGGAAUCAACGUUUUCGAUGAGCUUGCACUUUUAAUAUA